AUGCAGACAAGAAUAAAAGAAAGAAAUCAAACAGCUCCAGAAAGUCAAAAUGCUGGUCCUAGUAGUGGCCUUAAUAAAAUUUCAACUAGGGUUGAGUUGGGACCAACUAGAGUUGAAUUGGGACCAACUAGGGGCAAGAUAAAAGUUGCUGUUAGUAGUUAUGAUAUAUCAUUAGAGCAGCAAGAGAAGGAUGUCAAUAUGUUAGUAGUAGAUUUGACCUCUCAAGAUCUGGAUUCAGAAAUUGAGUGCCAAUUGAAUAUAUAUUUAGAUCUCAAUGAUUCACAUAUUCUAAUAGAAGAAAAGCUUGAAAAUUCUGAAAUUAUUGAAAUUAUUUUGGAUGAAGCAAAUCAAGAUGAAAAUG